AUGAAACUGUUGUCAUUUGCCAUAGCUGCAGGUCGCCAAUUUAGUUCUCAAGCUGCUUUCGAGAAAAAGAACUGGGGUAAGAACUAUUUUUUCAAGAACAAGAAGAAGUAUGAUGGAAGUGGCACCAAAACCCCGAAAAUGCCUAAAAUCAAGUGGACGGAUGAGCAAAAACAAGCAUUGGAUGCUGUUUGCAGUGGGAAGUCUGUUUUUAUUACGGGUUCUGCUGGGACGGGAAAAACAUUUUUGCUUGAGCAUGUUAUCAAGAAAUUGAAGAGAAUCCAUGGGAAGUCGAAGGUGUUUGUGACUGCGCCAACUGGGGUUGCUGCCUGUGCGCUUAAUGGACAAACUCUUCAUUCUUUUGCUGGCAUUGGUAUUGCUGAUGGGGACUGUGGAAGUUUGGUAGACAUGGUUCUUGAGGAUAGGCACGCGAAAUAUAGGUGGAGGAAGGUUAAGGCAUUGGUUAUUGAUGAAAUAAGCAUGGUUGACACCAAUCUUUUUGAGGGUCUUGCGCAUGUUGCUCGAACGUUAAGGGAUGAAGAAGCAAGUGGACAUGAAAACAAGACUUGGGGUGGAAUACAGAUGAUUGUUAGUGGAGACUUCUUUCAGUUACCACCGGUUUUGAAGAAAAGGAAGAAGAAAGGCGCAAAGAUAUAUGCUUUUGAAGCUGAAUGUUGGAGUGCAACUUUUGAUCUACAAAUUGAGCUUACCACGGUUUUCAGGCAAUCUGAUUCUCUUCUUGUCCAAUUGCUUCAGGGAAUACGAAAAGGGAAGAAUGAUCCAGAUGACUUGAAGCUUUUGGAAGGCUGUUGCUCAGGGUAUGAGCCCGAUCCUUCUGCUGUACGGCUCUUCCCAAUGCUUACAGAUGUGAACAUGGUGAAUAAGGAAAAAUUGGAGAGCUUAAAUGAAGAAAUUUAUGUUUAUAAGGCUCAAGAUUUGGGCGAAGACAAAUGGAUGAAGCAGCUAAAGAAAGGGAUUGCACCCGAUGAGCUUGAACUCUGCAUAGGUGCCAGGGUGAUGCUAAUAAAAAAUAUAAACCCUUGGCGUAAACUUGUAAAUGGUGCGACUGGUACAGUUGUGGAAUUGUGCAAAGUUUCCAAGGAGCAAUACGGAAUGGAUGAUAUGUGCAAUCAUGGCGGUGUGCUGCCGUUGGUGAAGUUUGAUUCUGGCCUUGAAUUAGUUGUCGAGCCAGAAAUAUGGGUCGUCAUGGAGGGAGACAAAGUUGUUGCCAGGCGAAAGCAGAUUCCGCUCAUGCUGGCAUGGGCCUUAAGCAUUCACAAGUGUCAGGGAAUGACUCUUGACAAGCUUCAUACAGAUCUCUCGCGAGUUUUUGACUUUGGAAUGGUCUAUGUUGCGCUUUCACGUGUGAGAAGCUUGGGUGGACUUUAUUUAUCUGGACUAGAUCCUUCAAAAAUCAAGGCACACCCAAAGGUUUUGGAAUUCUACCAUAGUUUUAAUGGUGAUCAACAUGACGACGAAUUUUCUAUCUCUAGUGGGAGUGAUACUGAUGAUGGGGAACAACACCCUCCAUGUGUAGAUUUGUUAGACAUUGGGGCAAUUGCGGAAGCAACAACGAGCAAUAUGUUAGCACAUUUGAUUCGCUAUUCUGAAGCGAACACUCUGGAUUUUAUGCUGUCUAAACGGAUGUCGUGGGAGGAAAUUGAAGUUCUGAUUCCAUGGGAAGGCAAAGAAAAGCACCCAGGUGAACCUGAACUGCCAUCUUUUGCUCUGAAAAAUCUUAGGCAUUGA